UACAUACAUCAGAUUGAUGUGUAAUAUUCUGAGCAAUCUGUUCAAUGAUGAAAUACAAUAACCAGACACAUAAGACAUUGGAUCCUCCUGAUGUAUGGGGAGAGGAUUAGAUGGAGAGCUGGUGUCCUCCUCCUCUCCUGCUGGUUUUCGGGGAGGAGAUCCGGCCUCCCCUCCCCCUCCCUGAUUAUACUGCAGCAGUGGCGGAGGAUUAGAGCGGAGUCAGUGCAUCGCUGCUGCUGCUGCCGGUGAAUGGCUGCGCCCCGCUGCUGCUGCUGCCUCCUCCAUCCGUCCGUGCUGGUCCCAUAGGGAGCUCCUGGUCCCUCCUCCUCCUCCACCAGAGCUGUCAGUGUCCUCUGCUCACCAUGGGGGAGAUCCCUAAUCUGGUCAAGAUCGCGGUCUCCCUUAAGAUCCAGCCCAAUGACGGUCCGGUGUAUUUUAAGGUGGACGGACAGAGAUUCGGGCAGAACCGGACGAUCAAAUUAUUGACUGGAGCCAAAUACAAGAUCGAGGUGGUCCUGAAACCGGGGGCGGUGAGAGCCACGACUAUCAAUUUAGGAGGGUUGGUCAUUCCCCUAGAAGAGAAAUCUAGAGAUCCUCAGACGGUUUGUUACACAGCCUUCUAUGAUACGGAGGGAGUAACCCACACCAAAAGCGGGGAGAGGCAACCACUCCAAGUCAUGAUCCAGUUUGAAGACAUCGGAAGCUUUGAGACAGUGUGGCAAGUGAAGUUUUACAACUACCAUAAAAGAGAUCAUUGCCAAUGGGGCAACAGCUUCAGCAGUAUUGAAUAUGAGUGCAAGCCUAAUGAGACCCGCAGCCUAAUGUGGAUCAACAAAGAGAUGUUCCACUGAAGCCACCAAAGCUGGACAAUCUUCUGAUGAGGACCUAACUUGACCAGCACAAUGAGCCGCAAAGCAGAGUAUAAAUAACAUAUCAUGAGCCUAAAAAAAAGUCCUUGAUGAAUAAUGUUUACUUGAGAUAAACCAAACCCCUACAUCAGUGAUGGUGACUGUAAGAGGAAAAUCAUUUGCCAGUUUACCAUGGACUGCUAAUAUCAUUGAGACACUAUAUGCUUAUGGCUGGGGCUACACAGCAACAUGACAGCAUCUGGGAGUCACAGUGAAACUAGUGACAUCAGUGUUCUCCUUCAGGGAAAACUAAUUGUGAGCUAUCAAACAAUCUGACCUCAAAUUGUGAACAACCUCAUAUUGCCAUGUAGCCCAAGUCUGCUUCUUAAUGUUCACGUAAUAUCAUUGGUUCAGGCUGAACCGAUCCGGUGAAGUCUCGUGAAUAUCAGCCAGCUACAAACUGGCCACCCCAGCUGUGUGUAUGAAGUAGGUACAUGUUUGA